AUGAGCAUUAGCAAACACACAGGAAAUGAGGUAAGUAUAGUAGAAAGAGAAAAAAAUGAAGAAAUCAGUGCUGUUAUCCAAAAUGACAAAAAUGCAUUAACUACAGUUUACCAAAAUAGAAUCGAUCGAAUAAUGAAAGGGAAGGAUGUGGAAAAUGAUGUAUAUGUGGAGGUAGAAGAAAAGCACACAUUAGUGGAGGGAAAGAUGAUAAGAGAUAAAGUUGCAUUCAAUUGUAAUAAUGAUAAUGACCCAGAAGGUUGCAUCAUUAUUAGUGAAGAUAUACGACAGACAUAUGAUUGUGUAGAAGGAGCAUCCAGUAAUCUACAUGAAGAAAAUUUGAACCAAGUGAAAGAUAAUGAUAUAAUGGUUCAAGAUGUAAACAGCUCGAAUGAGAUGAAAAAUGAUAGAAGUGAAAUAAGGGUGCAAAAAAUCACAAAUACAGCGGGAAUAAGCAAUGACAAAUGUGAACAAAAAGAUUAUAAUAUUAAUGAAAAUAAGGAGGAUAAAAGUAAUGGUAAUAUGGAUGCCAUGCAAAAUAGUGUAAUUAUUCCGAAUGUUGAGGUUACGGAAAAUGGUGAGCCCAGGGAAAAUGGGGAUGACUCCCCUCUGGAUGAAGGCAGUAUAUCAAUGGACGAAAGAGCCGAUGAGAACGCAGAAAGUGCAGGAAGUUUUGUGUUAGAAGAAGAUUUGAAUUUAUCAAGAAGAGUAUUCAGAAAUUUUUAUAUAUGUUCAAUUUUUAUACAUGGGACAUUGUUAUUAAUGGUAUUAUUAUUGAUGGGAAUUCUGUGCUAUGAUUUUAUAAAAGUACCAUCUGUUUCAAAUAAAGAGAAAAUAAUGAUAUAUUUCUGUGGGUUAUUACUGACUUUAUUAGGUUUACAUAUAUUUUUAAAUUUAUACAUGUCUAUAAGAUUAUUAAGGCAAGCAGAAAUUUCAAAAUUUUUGAAAUCUGUUGAAUCAAAGAUGCACGUAAUUAUUUUAGUGUAUUUUUUUAUAUGUGCAUAUACUUAUUUUUUUGAAUGGAAAAAUUACCCAAUUAAUUCUACUUUUUACUUUAGCUUAAUUUUAGUAAUCAUAUACUAUUUUAUGCCCAUAUUUUUAUAUAUAGUAUUAAGAAUACUUUUUGUUAUUGUUAUUUUUAUUUUACUUUUUGUGAAAAGAAAAAGUCCAACCCCUAAGAAAAUUUUAAAAAAAUUAAAAAUAAUGAAGUAUGCAGAAUAUAGGAAAUAUUGCGAAGAUGAAGAUUGCAUGCACAGUGAUUAUUUUAAAAAUUGGAGGGAACUCAAUGGGGAAAAGGAUCCAUUGAACGAAAUUCCUGCAGCAGAGGUUUCUGAAAUCAUGAACACGAUGCCUGUAGAGGUGGCCGCUACAACAAGACAAGAUACGACGACGACGACGAUGACAACUCAUUUGGAUAUCCCUAUGAGCACCUCAAUACCUAUUGGUGAUAACAAGGGAAGUGAUAGAAUCUCAAUUGAGAUUACUGCACCAAAUUAUAACGUGGAUGGGAACACGAUCUCGACAGUGGCUUCCUGUGUUCAGCACGGAAAUAGCAACAUAGAUGAAAAAAGAGAAGGUCAUGAUGAAUACAGGACCAAGACCAAUGUUACUCUAAGUCUCAAUGGUAACAAUAAAACGAGGAAUAAUAUAGAACGACAUUCUUUCUAUAGGAAUGCUAUAGGAGUAAAUGGGGGAAGAGAAACUACAAAUAAUCCCGGUACACAAGCGAACGAUAGGAAAAACGAUGACCGAACAAGCAGAAGUUCCAAUGUAAGGGAGAUAAACAAUGUUCACAGCUGUGAAAAUGAUAAGGCCGUUUCAAAUAUUAGAGAAUGUACUAAUGAAUUAAAUAAGGAUGGGAAAGAAUCAGGUUUAUUUGAGUAUUUUCAGAAAGUUUUAAAAAAAAAAAAAGGUUCACUUGAGAAUGAUAAAAUUGAAGUGCCUGAAAAUAAAAUUGAAGAAAAUUCGUUUCAUAUUAAUAUCGAGAGUUCAGAUUAUGCAUGUUCAAUUUGUUGUACGGAAUACUUAGAAGAUGAUGAUAUUUGUAUAUUACCUUGCAAUUAUCUUCACUAUUUCCACAAAGAGUGUAUAUUUACAUGGUUGAAGAGAAACAACGACUGCCCCUUGUGUAGGAAGUGCAUUGGGAAGAUGUGA